UUCGCGGUGCUGCACCAGGACGCGUCUGGGCUGCAUCAGCCGCCGCCGCCGCGCGCCCCGAGCCUCAGCCACGAUGAGCGGCCGAGUGGGCGACCUGAGUCCCAAACAGCAGGAGGCCCUGGCCAAGUUUCGGGAGAAUGUUCAGGACGUCUUGCCCAUCCUGCCCAACCCAGAUGACUACUUUCUCCUGCGCUGGCUCCGAGCACGAAGCUUUGACCUGCAGAAGUCAGAGGCCAUGCUCCGGAAGCAUGUGGAGUUCCGGAAGCAAAAGGAUAUAGAUAACAUCAAGAGUUGGCAGCCUCCUGAGGUGAUCCAGCAGUAUCUGGCUGGGGGCACAUGUGGCUACGACCUGGAUGGCUGCCCGAUCUGUUAUGAUAUCAUUGGGCCUCUGGAUGCCAAAGGGCUGCUGUUCUCAGCCACCAAGCAAGACCUUCUCAGGACCAAGAUAAGGGAGUGCGAACUGCUUCUGCAGGAGUGUGCCCGCCAGACCACCAAGCUGGGGAAGAAAAUUGAGACCAUCACCAUGAUUUACGACUGUGAGGGGCUUGGCCUCAAGCAUCUCUGGAAACCUGCAGUAGAAGCCUACGGUGAGUUUCUCAGCAUGUUUGAGGAAAAUUAUCCUGAAACACUGAAGCGUCUGUUUGUUGUUAAAGCCCCCAAGCUGUUUCCUGUGGCCUAUAACCUCAUCAAACCUUUCCUUAGUGAGGACACCCGGAAGAAGAUCAUGGUCCUUGGAGCAAACUGGAAGGAGGUUUUACUGAAACACAUCAGCCCUGAUCAGCUGCCUGUGGAGUAUGGAGGCACCAUGACAGACCCCGAUGGGGACCCCAAGUGCAAAUCCAAGAUCAACUAUGGAGGCGACAUCCCCAAGAAAUACUAUGUUCGAGACCAGGUCAAGCAGCAGUAUGAGCACAGCGUGCAGGUAGCCCGGGGCUCCUCUCACCAGGUGGAAUAUGAAAUCCUCUUCCCCGGCUGUGUGCUCAGGUGGCAGUUCAUGUCAGAGGGGGCAGAUAUUGGUUUUGGAAUUUUCCUGAAGACCAAGAUGGGCGAGCGGCAGAAGGCUGCGGAGAUGACAGAGGUGCUGGCCAGCCAGAGGUACAAUGCUCACAUGGUGCCUGAGGAUGGGACUCUCACCUGCAGUGAUCCUGGCACCUAUGUCCUACGGUUUGACAACACCUACAGCUUCAUCCACACCAAGAAGGUCAGUUUCACAGUGGAGGUCCUGCUUCCAGACAAAGCUUCAGAAGAGAAGAUGAAUCAGCUGGGAGCUGUCACCCCCAAAUAACACCCUCCUUCUACAGCAGGCUUGGGCCCCCUCAGCAUCUCCCUGUUGGUUUCUUAUUAGUCACUUUCUUACAAUCCUGCAGCUCCCACCAAAAAAAAGUGGGCUGAAGGGAAGACUUCAGGCUGGACUGGGAAGCUUUUGUUCCAGAAUUAGGAAGAAGGCAAAUAGCUGGAGUGGGUCUCUUUGCCUCUCACAUUUACUUAGGAGUACUCAGAAACUGGCUAUCAUGAUAGGAUCUCUCUGUCCUGUAAGCAUGGCCAACUUCACCUGUCCAGUGAUAUUGAAGACAAAGGUGAGGUGUUGCAGGGGGAAAGUUAGACAAAGUGGGGAAAAAAUGGGGACCCGACUCUUCAGGGGAAGGAGCAGGGAAUUUGCCAGCUUUCAAAUGAACGGGGAAGUUGGUAAUAGUGGUAGCAAGGUGAUUGGCUAGGAGGGCAAAAGAAGCUUUUCCAAACUUUUGUUUUUUAAAGUUUUACAUCUCAGAGCCUGAGUUUAUUAUCUCUUGGCUUUUCCCAAGUAGUUGGUUGGAGUGGCUCAAGUCAGUGCAGACCUUACCCACUGGAAGGCAGACAGGCCUGUCUCCAUAAGCAUUUCAGCAAUUUCUGGGCUCACUGGCUGCCUCUAAUUACUAAUCAUCGUUAGUGACUCUGAGCUUCCAGUUCAAUGAAAAGAAAACACCAACAAAAAGCACAAUCAUACUCACCUCCAGAGAUCACAGAAGGGCAAGGAGGCUGGGGGGUGAGUCCUAGAGGAGGGGUGGGAGGGGCCCCCCUCUUUGCCACCAGCCUCUUCCUAACCCUGCCUCUGAACACCCCAGAACAGCCAUGAUAAGUAGGCCCCGGGGCAUUUCCCACUCUGGGUGUCCGCUUGCCGACCGGCCUGCGGCACCUUCUCCGUGGGUGGCGAUAGCGGGCGCGGCUGAUGCCCUCGGGCCGGGGCACCGAGCCGGCCGGGCCGGGAAGGUGUCGGGCAGGUGGCCACAGGCUGGACCUGCCUCUCGCAGAGCCGAGGGCUGGGGCGGCCGCAGCCCGGAAACCACAGCCCAGGCCUGCGCGGGGGAGCCCCCACCUCCCUUUCUCUCGGAGCCCGGGCUGAUCGCGCCCAGGGCCCGGGAAGCGCCGCUCACCCGCGGCGGGGGCCGUUCCGGACACCCCGGCCUUGGUUUACAACGAUCUGUUAGGAAAAUUAACCAAUGAAUAAAGCGACGUUCGGUGCACUGGGAGUGGAGCUCAAUGUCAGCCGCCGGGUUCUUCGCCACCCCUCGCUCACAGCCAAACCGGCGUUCGCGUUUCCCGC